AAUUAACUCUCUCUCUGUCUUUUCUCUCCUCAGCUCUUAAUGUUGCUAGUGUCUCAGUAAAGGCUCGGACUGAGACAGCACUGACCCUGGAGUGGAUCAGAGCGAUUAACUGCAGUUACUCUCUGAGAUUCACUAAUGGAACAGAGAUUUCUCUCCCUGGAUCUGCAGACGGGUCUGUAGUAAAUUACACAGUCUCUCCUCUCUCACCUGGAGCUAAACACACCUUCAUUCUGUACACACUCCUCAGAGGAGCCAGGAGCAGUGGAUUCACCAUCACUGCAGUUACCACUCCUGCUAACGUUGGGAGUGUAGCGGUGAAGGCUCGCUCUGAGACUGGAGUAACGUUAGAGUGGAAUAAAGUGGGCGGCAGUAAUACGUACUCUUAUAUACUGAAGCAGAGCAACAAGUCCGAGGCGUACGCUCCGAUGUACUGGGGAGGAUCUGUGGCUACACACACAGUCUCCUCUUUAUCUCCGGGAAUUAAGUAUAACUUUACUCUCUACACCGUGUUCGGAGGAGAACGCAGCAGCGGCUACAACUUUUCUGCUGUUACCAUGCCCCUCAGUGUUGCUCGAGUGAACGUGACGCAGAGAUCUGAAACUCAGCUGGUGAUUUCUUGGGAAAAAGCGAACAGCAGCAACAUCAGCUACAUCCUGAGUCACAGUAACAGGACUGAAACCUCCAUUACCGACCUGGAUAAAAGUUCACUAGUGAACUACACCAUCCCGUCUCUCUCUCCAGGGACCAGAUACACCUUCACACUCUUCACUGUGUUUGAAGGCGUAAGGAGCAGAGGCCUGAACUUCUCUUCAGUCACAGCCUCUGUAAAGGUGAGUGGUCUACGCUGUGAGCAGGUUACUGGGGGCAGUGGUUUGGUACUGGUCUGGACCGCUCCGGGUGGAGUAUGGACGGGGGUGGAGGUGCUGAUGGAGGGAAGAGGUCCUCAGUACUCCAACAGAACGAGACUGGAGCUCGGGGAUCUCCGGCCGGCGCGGUGGUAUAACCUGACCCUGAAGUUGUGCUCAGGAGAUGUGAGGAGCGCUCCAGUCUCCAUCAGGUGUCUGACUGAUCCUAGAGGAGUGAUAGCAGGAGCAGUAUUGGUUGUUCUGUUCAUCGUUUUUCUUUGUUGUCUUGGAGUUUGUGUAAAAGGCCGGCGGUGUAUUACUAAAAGAAAAACUCAGCAUGCGAGACCUUCCAGUCUUGCACCGAUUGAAGCACUGGAAGAAGGUGUGAGCAGAGCUCCAGUCCAGGCUAAACCACAGACUUCUGUUCUGAAUAAACAACUUUCUAGAGGAACUCUUCAGGAAAACCCGUACAGAAGCCCCAGACCUCAGUGAAAUACCCAGGACUCUGUUAAAGAGAA